AUGCAGAUCCUCAUGGUCACCGGCCAUCUGGAGACUCUGCUGUCCACAGUCAGGAGUCAGGAGGUAGGUACACAUAUGCAGAUCCUCAUGGUCACCGGCCAUCUGGAGACUCUGCUGUCCACAGUCAGGAGAUCCUCAUGGUCACCGGCCAUCUGGAGACUCUGCUGUCCACAGUCAGGAGGUAGGUACACAUAUGCAGAUCCUCAUGGUCACCGGCCAUCUGGAGACUCUGCUGUCCACAGUCAGGAGGUAGGUACACAUAUGCAGAUCCUCAUGGUCACCGGCCAUCUGGAGACUCUGCUGUCCACAAUCAGGAGGCAGGAUAUUGCAGUAUGGCUGCCAGGAAUGAUGCUGUUUGUCACCUCCAUAUACUCUGGAUCUAGAGCUCUUGCAAAUCUGUCAGUGCCAGUUUUCUUCUCCAUGCAGAACCUGACCAUUGUGAUCAAGUGGACGGGUGAGCUGGCCAUCAACAGACAGCUGACUGGCAUCUAUGUGUACGGUAUGCUGAUGCUGACGACAGUGUCCUCUGUAGCCAUCAUCAAGACAGACCCCCAGUUGAACUCUGAGGGAUACUUCUGGAUGAGCAUCCAUGUGAUAAGUAGUGGUUUAAUAGAUGUUUACACAAACUUGAUGAAAGGAAGAUUAAAACUCAACUGUCUGGAGAUGUUAUACUCCAACUACAUAUACAGUGUGAUAAUACUUGGACCGUCCAGCUACUUUCUAGGUGAUGCUUUGGAAGCUGCCAAGUUUCCUUAUUUAUACUUUUCCAAGUUUUAUGUGGGAUGUAUACUCAGUGGUGUGUUGGGCAUGUUCCUGCACCUGCUGUCCAUCAGACUACAAGAGGAGGAGGAACACACCCUCGACUUCCAGGCAUCACUUGCCAUUAGCAAGAUUGUGGGAUCCUUACUGUCCCUGCUGUUCUUUGACUUUCAAGUUGUAGCUAACCAAGCGCUGUGGAUCACAGUGAAUCAUCUGUGUGCUCUGGCCAGCAGCAAGUCCCUGACAGCCCAUACAGCACCCCAGGUGACGGUGGAGAAUGUGCUGCCCCACAACCACCCAAACAUCAGAAGAGACAACCUACAGCAGGACCUACUGAGGACAGAGAUCGCCUGACCAUUGACACUAUGGUGUGACUAUUAGACUUGAUAACUUUACACUGUGGUGAGACUGUAGGCCCUGACCUUUCACAUUGUGAUGUGACCAUAGGAUGCUUCACACUGAGGUUUGAUUGCUGGACUUGAUCCUUCUCACUCAGGUGUGGCUGUACAACUGAAACCCUUACACUGUGGUGUGACGGUAGGACUUUAUCCUUCACGCCGUGGUGUGACUAUGAAAACUACAGAAUCUGGGUUGGUAGAAUAUCCUCUCAAGCAUGUGAAGUGAAAGUGCUUUCAACAUGAACUCAAAAAUAACAAAUGGAAAAGUUCUAGUGAGGAAGCUCAGUUCUUUAUGUGAUUAGGUAGAUUUCUAAAUCAAUUAAUUGAUGUAGAAAUAAUAUUAACAGUUCGGUCAGUGUCACUGCACUUGCCAAAUCCCACCUGCUCACAAGCCACAUCCGACUUUCCCCAAUCCACCAUCAUGUAGGAGAGCAAAAGAACACUGAUCUGCAUGCAUUACGUCUAUACAAUGUAAUAUUCUAAUACAUUUAUAAAUACAUGGACAUGUAUUAGCAAUCUGACAUAAGUACAUCAUCUUUCAGCGGAUACAUUCCCGUGUAAUAACUGAAAUAACUCCUCCUUACAUUCAUGAGUGAGAAGAAGUCACAAAGAUCUGAUGACAGGCUUGUUAGACUGCUAAGAGGAUGACUGUUGAGCAGAAGGACAUGAUACAGUCAAACACCUUUAUGUCGAAUUUUGAUAUGUUGAAGUUAUGGUUGUUUCAAAGUAAAAUUUUGGUCCCUGCAUAUUCUGCAUAGUCAUCAUUUUGUGGAUAACUCGAGGUACUUUCCCAAGUCUCUUCAGCCUCGACACAACAGUGUUUGUUGUAUUCCGUCUCUGAUAGAUGUAUCUAGGUGUAGACUGCAAGCCAGCUGAAGGGUCAAGGUGGUCACCUUUUUGGAAAACAGUGAUUCAAAUCCUGUACACCACAAAUAGAGAAAUAGAGGUAGGCCCGCUCUCUGAAAUUUAACAGAUCUUGUAGAAACAACAGUAAUAGCAGGGUAUGAAACUCACAAAAAAUUCAGCCAGACCACAGGCUAGUUAGAUGUAAAACUUGAAAUCCUGACCAAAACUUACCUGCCCAUAAGAUAUCUUCAUAUGUACAUGUCUAAAUUUUAACCCGACCAUCGGGCAGGUGAAUUUGAGAAUCUGGCAGUCUGUGUUGAAAAUAACCCGUCCCGGACGGUCGGGCAGGCAGGCAGGUAUUUGAACGCUGGUAGUAGUGAGGUAGUGAUGUCAUAAAGGUCAGAGCCUUGGUUUGAUACCCACAUGGGUACCAUGAGGAGGCCUCUUGUUUCUGAGGGCGGUGGGGGAACCUAGUGGUUAAGGCGUUUGCUCGUCAUGACGAACACCUGGGUUCAAUUCCCCACAUCAGCACAAUGUGUAAAGCCCAUUUCUGGUGUCCCCACUGUGAUAUUGCUGGAAUAUUGCUAAAAGCGGGGUAAAACUAAACUAAACUCAUUCACUCAAUAUUGUGUCUGAACUGAAUUGGUGAUUGAAGGGCUUCAUUUGGUCUCUAAAACCCUAUGUCACUGUACAUAGUAUCAAUCACUGGUUUGACUGGUUCAGACAUGAUGAUACACCACCUUGUUAUAUCUUGACUUGCACAACGUUCACUCAGACAUCCUUGCUGUGAUAUCUAAUUGUCAUAAACCCAUUCUCAUUCCUCAAUGGAUUAUGCAUGUAUUCGUUUUGUCAGCACAGAUAUCAGUGUCAUACAGCCUUGAGACACCUUUCAGGGGAUAUAUUUAGUAGCAUGAUGAGGAACUGAGGGUAUAUUUGGUGCGUCAAGAACCUCAUGCAGAACUGUUGUACAACUUAUUAUGCUUUAUGAGGGAACAAGAUCGUCCUUUUCUUUGACAGAAAUGUCAUGCUUUAGAUAUGAACCUAUGCAUGUUGUGUAUUUGUCAAGUGUAUUCUUUACAGAAAGAUACUGAGAAAUCCUAAUGUUUUGUUACAGCGGAAUAUGUGGAUCUGUUGCUGAAACAGCAGCUGUUUGUGGUCAGGCCAGAUACAGCUUCUCUGUCUGUUCUGUUACCGAAACAGCAGCUGUUUGUGGUCAGGCCAGAUACAGCUUCUCUGUCUGUUCUGUUACCGAAACAGCAGCUGUUUGUGGUCAGGCCAGAUACAGCUUCUCUGUCUGUUCUGUUCUGAAACAGCAGCUGUUUGUUAAUCAUCAUUUCACAGUUUGUUUGUUUUUUCUUUUUCUUUUUUAUAUAUUGAGUGUUCAUGUACUUUGGGUAACAAUAUUUUGACUGGGACUUUUAUGGUGACUAUUGUUUUGAAUAAAACAUGUUACAAAUGAA